CCAGUAUAGUAGCUAGCAGCAACAACGUAAAUCUCUAAGCUAAUAAUGGCUUCUUCUUCUUCUUCUUCUUCUUGGGUGUCGGCAACUUUUCCAGUUCCCGUGAAACAUCGUAAUCAGAGGUCAGGUAGGAUUAACAGUCAAGGUUGGGUCAGGGCGCCGAUCAACCGGUGCAGCUGGAACAGGGGAAAACAGAGCAACAGCAGCAGCAGGUUGCGUGAUUUGUCGGCGGCAAUUAACGAUACUAGUUCGAAUAUUACUAGUAAAAGAUCAUCAUCAUCAUCUUCUUCUUCUUCCAAGGAAGGCAGAUUAGCGAGGAAGGAAACAGAGAGGUUGGCUUACCUGGUGGCUGCCAUGUUGUCCAGCGUUGGCAUCACUUCGAUGGCCGCCGUAGCUGUCUUCUCCAGAUUCUCUUGGCAAUUGGAGGGUGGGGAGUUUCCAGUGGUGGAAAUGUUUGGGACCUUCGCCUUGUCCGUCGGAGCCGCUGUGGGGAUGGAGUUUUGGGCUCGGUGGGCACACAGAGCAUUGUGGCACGAUUCUUGGUGGGACAUCCACGAGGUUAUUUUUAGUUACCUUCGUGUUUCUUUGGUUUCCAUGUCAGUUCUACUAAAAAGUAUAGAUGACAGAGAAGCGGUGUCGUUUCAGUCGCAUCACAGGGCCAGAAGAGAAGGAGCAUUCGAGGCGAAUGAUGUGUUUGCAAUAACGAAUGCGGUGCCUGCCAUUGCCUUGCUCUCCUAUGGUUUCUUCAACAAAGGCAUUUUCCCUGGUCUCUGCUUCGGCGCCGGAUUGGGGAUAACGGUGUUUGGGAUGGCGUACAUGUUUGUGCACGAUGGGCUGGUCCAUCGGCGCUUCCCCGUUGGGCCCAUUGCCAACGUCCAUUACCUCCAAACAGUUGCAGCAGCUCACCAGCUUCACCAUGCGGACAAAUUCGAUGGCGUUCCUUAUGGGUUGUUCUUAGGGCCUCAGGUGGAAGUAGCUGAGGUUGGAGGCACGGAUGAGUUGGAGAAGGAAGUCCAAAGAAGAAUUAACCGCUCCAUUUGAUUCAUUUCUUCUCCACUGAAAUAUAUACUUUCUACCUCCCUUUCUCGGGGUUUCCUUCCAUUCAUUCUUUCGUUUACUUUUGAGUUAAAUUCUACUAA